AUGACAAUAAUUAAUCAAGGUACACCUUUCAAUCCUAAUAAUGAGACCGUUGUAUUGGAAAAAGCAAAACUGGCUACAUCUCAAGAAGCCUUUUCAGUGCAUUUGGUUCCUUGUUUAAUUGAUUAUAAUGGACCUACACAAGAAUUACCCGGUAAUUUUGAUAAAGAGGUUGUUAAAGAUGGGGAAAUUGCAUAUGAGGCUAGAUAUUUAAGAGGCCAUAAAAUUAUUGGGAAGAAAGUUCAAAUGAAAUGGAACUUUCAACCAUUUUUAAUAGAUAUAUGUCAGGUUUCGGGAGAAGAUGAAGAUUUGGGUUCUGACACCGCACAGUGCCAAAAUAUAAAAAUACUUGGUCAAUGCAGGGAGAUUGUAAAUUAUGAAAGAGAAGGCAACGAAAGUAGACUUAACGAAGAAAUGACAAAAUUCGAAGAGUAUUUGGAGUUAAUGAAUAAUGUUAUAAUGGAAUGA